AUGACACAUCUAGCACGUGUAUCAACGAGUAUCGGAUUCGCGUACAAAAGUAAUAACGACUACAGUCUUCAGUUGACUCGUUGGUUUUUAAUGCCAAUUGCUGCUUGGCCACAAGACAGCACAUCGACGACAGUGGAGAGGCUUUCAUUGCGAGUGCACGUUGUUGCUUGUUCGUCUUUGAUAGCAAUCGUCAUGGUGCCGUGUAUGUUGUACGUGUCACUGGAGGAGAAAGACGUCCAGAUGAAAUUGAACGCUAUGGGUCCGCUGAGCCACUGGAUCAUGGGCACAAUUAAUUACUGGCUUCUUCUGUCACGCGGCGGUGACAUUCGCGAAUGCGUGCAACACAUGGAGAUGGACUGGAGGCUAGUUCGAAAGACCGACGAUCGAGGACUGAUGUUGCGAUACGCCAAGAUCGGCCGCUUUAUCGCCGGAUUCUGUGCGGUGUUUAUGCAGAGCGGGACAUUUCUUUUCACCAUAGCCAAGGCAAUGACAUCUACGCCGGUCAUAAUUGGCAACGAGACUACAUUAGUGCACCCGAUGACUUGUCCGAUUUACAGCAAAUUUAUCGAUACGAGAUUUAGCCCUGCAAACGAGAUCAUGCUGGCAAUAGAGUUGUUGUCAUGUUUCAUAGUUAAUUCGAUUACAGUUGGCGCUUGCAGUCUUGCCGCAGUUUUCGCAAUGCACGCUUACGGCCAGCUAGACAUGCUGUUUUCGUGGUUAAACAAUCUCGUCGCAGACGAGGAUAAAGGAAACGAAUUUGCCGAACAGAGACUGGCCACUAUUGUGGAGCAUCAUUUGAGAGUGCUGAGUUUUAUAUCGCGCAUGGAGAAUAUUAUGCAACAUAUCUGUCUUGUAGAAUUGGUGGGAUGCACAAUGAAUAUGUGUUUACUUGCAUAUUACUCUAUUAUGAAUAUAUUAUCCAAAGUUUUUCAGAGAUGGAGUGCAGAAACAGAAAGCUCAAUAGCUUAUAUGAUUAUAUACAUAUCCAUGACUUUCAACAUUUUCAUAUUUUGUUACAUCGGCGAAGUGCUGACAGAACAGUGCAAACAAGUAGGUGAAACAGCCUACAUGACUGAUUGGUACUGUUUACCUCAUAAAACGGCUCUUAGUUUCAUCUUAAUCAUCAUCCGAUCGAGUAUGGUGAUCAAACUAACUGCGGGGAAACUGGUGCAUCUUUCUAUAGCCACUUUCGGCAAUGUAGUGAGGACUUCCAUGAUAUAUUUAAACAUGCUACGAACCAUGAUGGUUUCUUAGAAAAUUACAUUACUUGUACACAUUAUUAUGUGUACAUUAUAGGUUUUUAGCAAACAUUAGCAAAUUUCCUAGUCGUCACCAUGAUAUCACAUCUUAUAUUUUA